AGUGAGAGAGAGAGAGAGAGACGGGGGGAGGAGAGUAGCUACAGAGUGAGUGGAGGAAGAAGAAAGUCAGUAAAGAGAGAACUGCACUCACACUACCUACUAGUGAGUGCUCGGCGACACGAUGUUUGGCUACCGGAGAGAUGUGGAAGAUAGGGAAUAAGCGACACCAGGAAACGUUAGGACUGUCAAAAUAACAAAACAAACAUCAAGAGUGAAUCAAUUCGUCCGUUGGAUCGGGACCGCCGGCCCGCACCCGUGCCCCCUACAACUCGGGCUGGACAGAGUGACACUGCCCCGGGGCAACAUCGUCUCCACGAUCUGGGGGAAACUACACCAAACACGAUACAAACUCUGAGGAGCGGGAGGAGGAGGGGGUCUGGGAAAGGAUAGCGAGAGGAGGGGGGCGACUGAAUCGUAGCAAGAGAGCGCAACAGUGACUGACAAAAAGUUUACGGGCUUGCUAGCCAGCUAACUUGUUCUCCACGGAGAAGAGAAAAAGCGGAUUGUGAGGGAGGCCGACGUCUACCUCUGGACAAGUGACUCAACUAAUUUAUCAAGCUAUUUAGCUAUUUGUAUUCACCAUGAAAACCCCGGCAGACUCGGGGUUCGCCUUCCCGGACUGGGCCUACAAGCCGGAGUCGAGCCCCGGCUCGCGGCAGAUCCAGCUGUGGCACUUCAUCCUGGAGCUGCUGCGGAAGGAGGAGUACCACGACGUCAUCGCCUGGCAGGGCGACUACGGCGAGUUCGUCAUCAAGGACCCCGACGAGGUGGCGCGGCUGUGGGGCGCCCGCAAGUGCAAGCCCCAGAUGAACUACGACAAGCUGAGCCGCGCCCUCAGGUAUUACUACAACAAGAGGAUACUCCACAAGACCAAAGGGAAGAGGUUCACCUACAAAUUCAACUUCAACAAGCUGGUCCUGGUCAACUACCCUUUCAUCGACAUGGGGUCCACUGGUAGUGGAGUCCCUCAGAGCGCCCCCCCGGUGCCCACGGGGGCGGGGAGCCAUUUCCGGUUCCCGCCGUCGACGCCGUCGGACGUGAUGUCGCCGAACGAGGACCUGCGCAGCCCGGGCGUGUUCAGCGCCGGCGUGUUCAGCGCGGUGGCCCGGCGCAUGGCCCGCGGGUCCGUCAGCGACUGCAGCGACGGCACGUCCGUCAACUCGGAGAUCGAGGAGGGCGCGGGCGGGGCCGGGGAGGAGCGGGCCGGCGAGCGGGCGCUGGCCGGCGGGGGCGGCGGCGGCCCCAGCGGAAGCUUCCGGAGCAUCCUGCACCCCCGCCUUUCGCACGACUCCCUGUUCCGCAUGUACGGGGCGCCCCCCAACCCUUCCCACCCGCCCCCCCGCGGGCCGCCCGCCCACAGGGUGCACCCCGACCCCCUCUCCCCCUUCCCCGUGUCCCCCCUGCCCGGGCCCGGGGGGGCGGGCCUGCUGGCCCCGCCGCUGUCCCCGGCGCUCUCCAUGACGCCCUCGUCCCACCUGCCCUACACCCCGUCCCCCACGCUGUCCCCCAUGCUGGGCUCCCACUUCUCCUUCAACCCCGAGGACAUGAAGCGCUACCUGCAGGCGCACACCCAGAGCGUGUACAACUACCACCUGAGCCCGCGCGCCUUCCUGCACUACCCCAACAUCAUCAUCCCCCAGCCCCAGCGUCCCGACAAGGGCCCGGGCCCCGCCGCGUCCGGGGAGCGCGGCCACCACCCGGCCCUGUCCCACGGCCACCCGGGCCACGGCCACGCCCUGCACCACCCCCUGCACCUGGGCGACGAGCCGCCCCACCUCUCGCCCUUCAAGUUCAAGCUGCAGCCGCCGCCCCUGGGCCGCAAGCAGCAGCGGGAGGGCCAGCAGGGCCGGCCGGGCUCCACCAGCUCCGGCUCCACCUCGGGCCUGGGCUCCUCCAUGUCCUUCGGCAGCGACCUCAGCUCGGCCAGCGGCUCCGGCCUGGUCUCCAACUCCUCCUCCUCCGGCUCGCUCAACAGCGCCGGCCUGCCCAAGAUCAAGGUGGAGCCCAUCUCCGACAUCGAGUCUGAGGAGGAGGUGGAGGUGACGGACAUCAGCGACGAGGACGGGGAGGAGCGCGAGGAGCUGGAGCUCUUCUCCUCCCAGCGCCGGCGGGACCGGCAGCUCAACGGCGGCGUGGCGGCGGCCCCUCCCGCCGCGGCCGACGACGAGCUGGACGAGGACGUGUUCAAAGCGCCCGCCCCUCCCCCGCCGGGCCUGCUGCCCUUCUUCGGCGUCCCCGGGGAGCCGCGGCGCGGGCCCCCCGCCCUCAAGUGCGAGCCCGGGGAGCCGGCCGAGGGCCCCGCCCCGCCCGCCAGCCCCGGCGGGACCAAGUGCAUCCCCCUGAAGCUGCGCUUCAAGCGGCGCUGGAGCGAGCACCAGCGCAUGGAGGCCAGCUCCGAGGAGUCCGACGACAAGAAGGUGCGCGCCGAGGAGCGCAACGGGAACGCCGAGGAGCGCAACGGGAACGCCGCCGAGCGCAACGGGAACGCCGCCGCGUCGGCGGAGAACGGCCAGGCCCGGAGCCCGCCCCCCGAGCCCGACUGCCCGCCCCCGCCCGCCCACCGCCGGGUCAGCGCUGACCUGCACCGCGCCACCGCACAGCUAUCCCUGGAGAACAAGGACUGCUGAUCUCUACACACACACACACACACACACACACACACACGCACACACACACACACACUGUACAUAUACACACACACACACACUCGAACACACACACACACACACUCUGUACAUACAUACAUACACACACACACACACACACUCUGUACAUAUACACACACACACUCUCUCACACACACACACACACACACACACACACACGCACACUCUGUACAUAUACACACACACUUAUACACACUUGCAUACAAACACACAGAAACAAACACACACACUUAUACACAUACAUCUACACACUGACAUACAAACACACACACACAAAUACACACAUACACACACACACCCACACACACACACACACACACACUAACCCACAUUAGACUGACACUAAUGCUGACAGACAGACACAGGUUGUAGAGUACUAAUUUCCACAGUCAGGCGUACGCUCUAAUGCUGACAGCGCCCAGCCCCGGCCCGGCUCCGCGUAACAAAGGACCCCGCCAGCCACCCGCAGCCUGCCGCACCCCUGAAACCACCCCCUUCCCCUCCGCACCAAACGGGACCCUACUCCACGAGUCAAAAGCCCCAGACCCGGACGCAGUCCUCAGGUUGGGAGCAAAGUUCUGAGGUCAGCAGUGUUUUAGCCGCCUCGUCUAAACUGGCCUUUCCAUGCCCCUGACAGAGACCCCCCCCGCCCCCCCUCCCACAGCUGAGCCUCACUUCAGACACGUGGGGUGAAGAGUGGAGGGGGUGGGUGAUAUGCUAUUUUUUUAACAAAAAUGAGAUUUUCGUAAGUGCCUGUUCUCACACACAGAGGUCCAGCACACGGACGACCAGGCAGUCCCUCUCCCCUUCCUCCCCCACCGCAGGCGCUCCGAUCCGAUGGACAGGCUGCCGACACCCCACUGCCACUCAGGACCGCUGCACCUCAACCGGGCUCCGUGCAGCCCCCGUCAAUCCCCCCCCCCCCCCCGGCCCCGCCCCUCGCCUCGCCCGACAGAGGACCGCGGUUUCUGCUCCAGACGUUCGAUGUGAACGGCGUUUGUGACUGAAAGAUGGCGGUUCGACCCGCGUAAAUGAGGUGCUCGGAGUGUGGGGGGCCAUCCUCCAACCUCUCGACCCCCGUCUCCCAGAACGGCCCUUUCCCCACCCAGCUCAGCCGGACUCAUCCAGUGCUUUUUUUUCUGGAAAGCUGUGGUGGAGCAGAACUCAGAACUCAGGCCACUGACGGACUCCUUUUCAUCUUUUACCUUCUCCCAGUUUUCUCCUGUCACCAUCUCUUCUCUGGCUGUGUAAAGCGCGGCGAAUCUGAAAGGCAUCAUGUUGAUAUAAAAAAAAAAAUAUUAAAAAAUGUGUCUAAGUUAAGGGAAACGAGUAGGAGAUUAGCGCCGUGCUAACGUUAGCGUUAGCCGAGCCGGGAGGAGGGCAGCCAUGUUAGGGAAGCCGAGGCGGGAGGGGCGGAACUGUGCAGGUGUUUGAGAGGGAGAGGGAGAGAAGCGUGGGACGGAGGUAAAGCGAGGGAUAAAAAAGUGAAAGAUGGUGACGGAUCGGGAGGAGAGCGCGGGGAGAAUCGAAAGGCGCGCUGCCGGCUCGUGGAAGUCGAAGGUGGCCCCCGGGAUCGUUCUGGCCAGGGCGGGGAGCGUGGCUGCGCUCUCUCCCUCGUCCGCGCUCGAAUUCGUCCGAUUUAGCCUUGAAACAAACCAGCAGAUCUCCACACACACGCCACACAGCCUUCAGCUCGUCCACCCAUCAGCAGCCCAGAGGGCGCGACCUCUGACCCCCGACCCUGGCGUCCGGACCAACUCGGAGGGCGGAGCUGCAAGCAAGGACAGUGGGAAACAGACAGAAACCUCACCAACACUGCCUCUUUGCCUUGUUUUUUUAUAGCAUGUAAAAAAUCAAAUUGAAAAAAAAAAAAAAUCCAUAAAUACUGAAAUAUACGCAGACACUUAAACUAUACCUUUAUAUAUUAUAUAUAUUAUAUAUGAAAUAUAAAUAUAAGCGGAGAGAUAGAUUUUAAAACUAUAGCAUUUAAUGAAAUUAAUGAGAUUCAGGAUUUUUGUAAACGAUUUUUUGAGAGGGGGAGGAGUUUAUUCUCUUCCUCGUAGGGUGAAUUUUAGAGGGUUGGGGUUGCAAAGGGGGUUAUGGGUAUUUUAUUUUUUUUAUUUUAUUUUAAUUACCAGAUAAUAUUUUACAGGGAAAGGAAAACGAGAAAGACAAAAAAGAUGAAAAUAAAAUUUUAAAAGGAAAAAAAUACAAAUCGACAAGCGGGUUGUACGGGCAACAAACAGCACCCCCUUGCCUCUUUGGGUUGACACUGACGCCCCCACCCCCCGCUGAGGGACACACUGUCCUCAGCCCACCUCCCAUAAUAACUCUCUUGAGGCGCGGGGGACAGGCUGUAUUCACAGCUAUAAAUAACUGGAAAUCCUAUAUUUUCUGAGCUGAAACCCGUUAAGAACUUGUCUGUACUAAUUCUAACUCAACAACUUGAACGGUUUGGAUUAAGGUCCCCUGUGUGCGGGACGGGUGAGGCGGGGGCGUCUUGGCCGCGGAACACACGCGGUCCGUCACGUGACGCUCCCUGGAGCCCCUCCCCGUGGCGCGGCGGCCCCGCCCCUCUGCGUGAGCGGCUUUAGAGCGCGCCCCUGUCGAGGCGCAGGUGCGAUCACGGCGUUCUGAGGGGACCUGCUUUGUUGUGAAACUCCUGAGGUGAACGAACGGGACCGAAGGUGUUUUACGUGGCCGGGCCCCCUACCCCUGCCCCGCCCCGCCCCGCCCCGCCCAGAUUGUGUAAUUUUAACUGACAGCUGCCUUACUACUCGUCAUAUCUUUAAACACACUUUGGUAUCACCUGUGCCAGCCGUCUCUUUCGCGUUCUCGCGUAUAGCUCUGGUGAAAAAAGUCACGUCUGGCCCGACGUUUUCACCCACGCGCCACGGUGGAACUGUUUCUGGGUUACACUCUACCUGGAAAAUACAUUUUCAAAUCUCAUCCGUGAGGGUGUCGCAUCAAAUUCCUGCCCCCCUCCCCCGCAGUCAUGUACUGGUUGUACAGUCGGAGAGAGGGGGCGAUGGAGAGACAUAGCACAGGCGAUGACCAUAAAUUACAUUUCUUUAGCAAAAUUGAUUUUACCCCUUUGUACUUUUCCUUCUGAUGAUGUCAAUAUUGCUGUUUUAUUAUUAUAGUUAUUAUUGUUAUUGUUGAAUUAUUGACCUCUCUCCCACUCCCAACCCCCUUCCUACAAAACCUCUGCUAGCUCAGUUAACGCUUUUUUUCCGUUUUGUACAUCCCUUUCAAUGAUUUGUUUCUCUCCCCAACACUUUUUACUGUGUUCUUUCCUUUACCAGAACCUUCCUAACCUUUAGUGUAACCUUUUAAGAGCUGUGUGAUGACGGACAGUGUAAUUGUAAUUCGGUUGGCCGCUGUUUUAACGGACGAAUAGCAGUGAUGGGUUGGGGAGUUACGCUGUGGAGGCGGGCUAUUUUGUUUUGUGGGGGGAGGGGCUAUGAUUUUAUCUUGUUAUGUAUUGUAAUUUUUAUUUUAUAAUGUUACUUUUCUCUUUUUCUCUUGUAUAUUUUUCAUUUUGGGGAUUAUAUCAUUUAAAAGACAUGUAUUGUUUUUCUGUGUAAAGGUGUCCCCCCCUUCCCUCUCCCACCUCCCUCUCAGCGAUUAUAUAACACUCAAACGGAGGGAUGAGAUUUAAUACCAUGAUGUAACAUUGAACUUCUCUUCUUUGAUUCUCUUUUGUGUUUUUCCAACUUGUAAUUAAACUGUAAUCAGGGUUAAUUAAAAUUGGUUAAAAAACCAA